CGGGAGGAGCGGGCUGCGGGCGGGCGCGGCGCGGGGUAGUGACGUCACGCAGGCGCAGCAUGGCGGGCAGCGGCCGCCGGCCCGAGCACCGCGGGCCGCCCGAGCUGUUCUACGAUGAGGCCGAGGCGCGGAAGUACACGCAGAACUCCCGCGUGGUGGAGAUCCAGUCGCAGAUGUCGGAGCGCGCCGUGGAGCUGCUGGGGCUGCCCGAGGACCGGGCGUGCCUCCUGCUGGACGUGGGCUGUGGCUCGGGGCUGAGUGGGGAUUACAUCUCUGAGGAGGGUCACUACUGGAUUGGCAUGGACAUCAGCCCUGCCAUGCUGGAUGUGGCCGUGGAGAGGGAGGUGGAAGGAGACCUGCUCCUUGCAGAUGUGGGGCAUGGCAUCCCCUUCAGGCCUGGCAUGUUUGAUGGCUGUAUCAGCAUUUCUGCAGUGCAGUGGCUCUGUAAUGCUGACAAGAAGUCACACAGCCCCCCCAAACGCCUCUACAGAUUCUUCUCCACUCUUUACACUGCCCUGGCCCGAGGAUCCCGAGCUGUGCUGCAGCUGUACCCUGAGAACUCAGAGCAGCUGGAGCUCAUCACUGCCCAAGCCAUGAGAGCUGGAUUUACAGGGGGAAUGGUGGUGGAUUACCCCAACAGUGCCAAAGCCAAGAAGUUCUUCCUCUGUCUCUUUGUUGGGACAUCUGGCACAUUACCAAAGGGCCUUGGUACCGAGAGUGCCAGUGAAGAGCUGCACCAGGCAAAGUUCACCAAUGAGAGGACACGGUUCAGGAAUAUCAAGGGCAAGUCCGUGAAGAAAAGCCGGGACUGGAUCCUGGAGAAGAAGGAGCGCAGACGACGCCAGGGCAAGGAGGUGCGAGCAGACACGAAAUACACGGGGCGGAAGCGCCGUCCUCGCUUCUGAACUGCUCUGGACACUGCUGCCAUGGAAGGUGGCACGUGGGUGCCUCCAGAGAGCCUCCUGUGGAUGGCACACAUGGCACCCCACGCCUGGGGACUUGCUGGGACUGGUCAUUGUGGCUCUUAAAGGUACAGACUGGCUCAGGUGCUGCCAAACAGCAAAGCUUCCAGCCCUGUUUCCCUGGUGAAGGUGCAGACUGGGCAGUGCUCUGCAGAGCCAUCACUUACCUUGCUGAGUGCAGUGAGCCAGCUGAGCUCCAGGUAAGCCUGGAUGUAAUAUCCAGUUCCUCACUAAAGAGUCAAAGAGUUGGAAGUGUUUGCUUGCGUCCUGCAUCCUGCUCUUGGUGCUGGGAGUACUGAGGUGGGAAUAGGGCACCUCAUUGCCUGCCAGCUUCCCCUCUGCCUGCAGAGGAUCCAUGCUGUCAAGGUGUGGAUCCAUGAGGACAAAGUUGCUGCUGGCACAAGUGUUAUUCCAGUAGCUGUUUAUUCCACCCUGUUUGCUUUAGUGCUUCCAGGGUGCUGGGGCUGACUGGACCCCCCAUCACCUCUUCCCUUCCCUUGAAACAAGGAGAGGUGCCACCCAGAGCUUUACAGUUACAAAUGUUUAUUCUACAUAAAAAUUCCACAAAAUGGGAAGCUGUUUUGCACCCAAAGCCUUGGGAGAAGAAAGGAAUGCUAGCAGGAAGGGAAAGAGGGAAGGAGAAGAGAGGCAACAUACAGUGUCAUCCAGCCCAGUGAGACAGAGCAAGCCAGGGUCAAGAUCCACAUAGAAAACAAGGACACUUAGCUCACAGUACAGCAACAGUAGAACUCCACGGGGGGCUCGGAAAGCCUUCAAGUACAUUAAUUA